UGUCCCUCGGACACAGCGGAUCACUGAUCAACGGAAAGAGCAGAAGAUGGGACAUGUACACUGAUCAUCAGGGCACUGAUGAUCAGUGUGCCCUGAUGAUCAGUGUAGCCCCAGUAGUGCCACCUGUCAGUGUCCAUCAGUGCCAGCUGUCAGUGCUCAUCAAUGCCACCUGACAGUGCCCAUCAGUGCCACAUCAAUGCCACAUAUCAGUGCCUACCAGUGCACAUCAAUGCUACAUAUCAGUGCCCAUCUGAGCUGCCUUUCAAUGUUACCUAUCCAUGCCAGUCAGUGCCACCUAUCAAUGCCAGUCAGUGCUACCUAUCAGUGCCAGUCAGUGCUACCUAUCAGUGCCAGUCAGUG